UAGCCCCGGUGUCUCUGCCUGUCAGUCAAGUACGGAAUCAAUCACUGAAGAGCAAACAUGAUAAUAUCAUCCAUCAGUCUGGAGGAGCCUUCACAGAAAAUACUGCAAAUCUGUCAACUUUAACUGAAAUUAAAUAAACAUUUAAAAAAAAGCCCAAAGCACAACAAAAUUCUAAACUAAAUUUAAAUAAAAAGGUAAAAUAACUAUUUAAAAAUAUUAGUAAAAAACUAUAACACUAUAUCAAUGAUACUAAAACACACGCACAACACAGGGACGCGCACGCGCUCCUUCGUCUUUCGUGUUUCCCGCCGAAUAAUGGCUGAUCUCAGACAGCAGGAUUUUCCUCUGAAUGACGCGCUUCAGGAGGUUCUGCAGCAGGGGGCGACACGCGCGCGACAACUGAGAGACGCGCAGCGCGAGCUCGACACACUACAGGCGUCUCUUCUGCAGCUGGAUCAGAGCUGUGAGUCUGUGUGUUCUCAAGUGAAGCUGAAGGAGAAGAUGCUCACUGCUCUUCACUGCGAUAUGGAGCAUCUUCCCCGCAGCGUCGCCCGUCUGGACGCUCAGAUUCACAGCGUCCUGCUGGAGAACCUGGAGCUCAGGAACUCCACGGAGGAGCAGCAGGAGCGCUCCCAAUCUCAGAGGAUGGAGUUCAGCUCGUACCGCAGCCGCGUGAGGGACUACAGGACGGCCGUGCGUCUGCAGGAGAGUGGAGCGCACCUCCAUCAGGAGCUCCAGCGGAAGCAGCAGGAGGCUCGAGGACUGAGACGCGCGCUGGAGGAGCUGAAGACCGACCUCCAGAAACCGGACGCCAGUGCCGUCCGGCAGACGCAGAAGGAAAUCGACGCUCUGAAGGCGAAACUUCAUGCAGCCAGACGGACUGUGAAGGAGAGAAAAGCAGAUCUGGAGAACGAACAGCAAACGCAGAAACAGCUGAGGAGUGAGAUCGAGUUUCAGGAGCGCAGAUGUGAGGCCAUCCUGAAGCGGCUGCGCUGUCAGCUGCAGAAAGCUCAGUCCAGCCAGCGGCAGCUGCGCAGCGACGUCACACACCUGCAGACGCAGCUGGAGGAGCUCCGGAGUCAGCUGGAGGAAGAUCAGUGAUGGUCAAGAGAACAACUUAAAUGUUCCUUGGGAAUGAGUUUGGAUGCACAAAAAUGGUUUCAAAUUUUCUGUCAACAUGUUUGUGAUUUAGGCUGCAGGUUAAAGCGGCACUAGUUCAGUCCGGCAGUGUUCACUGUGCGUUUGGAUGCCGGCGACUGCAUCUGAACACAGGAAACGCUGGAACAGACGUGCGUUUGUGUUCGUCAAAUUCAUACGGGUUAAAUGAGGUUCCCGUUCAGCUGCUUUGAAAGAGCGUCUGUGUGAAAGUGUGUGUCGUGUCCGCUGUGAAACCAUCCGAGAGCUGCUUCAGGAUUUGACUGAUGAUUCAGUACUGCAGACCAGCAGUAAAACAUGUCAAAUUCAGAGAUCAACAGUUAAACAGCUCUCAUGUCUCUGUUACAUAACAAAA